CUCAGAUUUGGUGGAUGGGUUAAGAAGAAAUGAUGAUCAAGACCACACCACAGAUUAAAGUCCUGGAGGAACUGAAGGUUCAAUUAACUCAACCUCAAGCCAAGCCCCGUUCUGGUGACUGUAGUGCAAAGGAUGGGGAAGCCAGUCAUCUAAGUAUUGCUGAGAGAAUUCCUCCUUCAAGAAGAGGGCCAACAGUCGAGCACCAAAGACCCGAUCGAAACAAUAGCAGACAAUCGAGCUGGGAGUAGGAAUGAGGAAGUCGCCUUGGCACUCGAGGUCAUCAAUCUCGUCUUCCGGAAAUUGAAAUCCACCAAGCGGAACUACUCGCAGGCAAAGCAAGCUGCCAAUCCCAAUCCUAGCAUCCUUCCACCCGAGAACCUGCGCCAAAUCAGUCAAGCAAUCUGGGCCCAUUGGAACGCACCCUCUCCAACGAUCUCCUACAAGAUCAAGAAUGCCCUCAAGAAUUUGUUCGAAUACAUGAACCACUCUCGUAUCAAUCUUCCCCAGUCAUCAUCUGUCCAGUUCUUCUUGGAGUCCGUCAAGCAAUCCAUCCUACUCGAAAAACGCUCACUAUCCAUCUUAUCAUACCUUCUACCUCACCUGUCCUUGGAGGAUGCCCUGCAGGCCUUCCGGUUAUUUGCUGCCGGUCCCGCAGAAUUCCUGGGUACCAUUCUAGACUCUAUCGGCGACGAUAAAUUGGCUUCGGUCAUUGGUCAACUGGCCGUUCAUUGGACGACAAAAGUUGAAGGAUGGGAUUCGAAAGACUCCAAAACAAUCACUGAUUCUACAAACCUCAGUUCAGAUUGGAUCUCGGCCGUCUUCUCGAUCUUGUUUUCAUCUGAGGAACGUAAACGACAAUAUCUAUGCCAAUAUUAUCUACUACCUUUAUUCAAGACUCGGCCUGUAUGUUUUAUGGAAUUGGCCGAGAGGCUCUCGUUGAUCAGUGGACCACGCUUUCAAAAGAUCAGCAUUGCAAAGAACGCGUUCGAUCAUCUUUCGGGAAUCAUCGCCCUAGCCCGGCUCAAUCCUCGCCAGAGCGGCCCUCACCAAAAAGAUCGGAACCAUGUUGACCCUUGGCUCCCCGAUGAUCUGCUCAAAGUCGCGCUGUCCCAUCCCUCCGUAUCUCUCCGAUCCUCCGCUCUAGCUAUCAUCUGCCAAUCUACCGCCCCGACCUCGCCCCUACCUCUCCCUCAUUUAGAUUUGAUCUUUCAGUUCUUCGUCUGGAAUUUCGGCGAAGUCGAGGCUGAAUUGAAACAAAACAUCUUCAGUAAUUUGAACGCACUCCUCAAUAGACUCAGAGAUUCUUCGACUUCUUCGAAUAAGAAAUUGGGAGAAUUGAUCCAUAAAAAGUCUAAUCUGAAUCAGAGUAAUAAUCAUGUGGGUGCCAUUGAGACAACUACUGCUGGGAACGGUCUUGAAGCCACGCAACUGCAGAUCUUGAUUGAUGAAGCUGAGGGUUAUCUUCAAGCGGUAAAGACCUUCAUCGAGAAGUUCAUGAGAUUAUGUCGGAGUAACUUGACGAUCUCUUCGCCCUAUCGAUGUCAAAUGGCCUCCUUAACAUAUCUCCAGAUCCUACUGAACACUGGACUCGAUCCGCGCUAUCAGCCGCUCACGAAAUCCUCCUUACCAUCACUUAAUCACAAUGAUCAAGCAAGUCUUCUCAAGAAGCCGUCGUCCAGUUUUCCAUUCGAGAUCAGAGUCGUCGAUCGCGCUCUCUUCCACAAACUCAUUCUCUCCCUCACAAGCACUUAUGUGGACGUCCGAGAAGCCGCAUUCACUCUCUUGGAAAAAACUAGCUUCUCCACGCUCGAUUCUCCCGCAGAGCAGGACUCUCAAUCGAUCCCUCGUUUUAUGCCGUUUGCCGUUCAGUGUUGCAAUUCUAGUAGAGAGGCCGAGAAUUCAACAGCCGCCCUUCUCUUUCGUCUCGUCUUGAAAAGCUCACUCGUUCAUAACUUCGAGCUCCCUUCUUUCUUACUUCCUCGCAAUAAUAAUCACUCUGAAACUACUAAUCCACUUGCUAUCUUUUUGGUUGGUAGAUUGGAUGAUUUGGAAGAUAGAGUCCUCCAAUCUGAGCUCAACCUUGGUAAAGCUUGUGAAGAGCGACCCAUGGCAGGAUCGAUUAUGCUUAUGAGCGAGCUAUUCAAGUGUCUCUCGCAAGACAUGAUUGUCUCAUUGGUCGCUUCAAACGACUUGAUCGUGAUCAUGAAUCGGACCAGGAAGUUAAUCCUUCGAGUAUGGUCAUCCAGCGCGAUCGUCUUAUGUCAGUCGAGCGAUCGACAAAGUGAUGUGGUGCCUGACCACGAAGAGGCUCGCGCUUUCGAAUUCAUCUCCACUGAAGAGGAUGGCGAUGAGUUGGAAGAUGAUGCGGAUAGGAACCUGGGAAAUAGACACAAAACGAUCCUCAGUGCUUGUUGGAGAAGCAUGAAGGAGGCCAGCGCAUUAUUGAUGCAAACUAUCAAGCUGUCACUUAUUGCUGAGGAGCAGAGCGCUGGCGAUAAUCGGAAUACAUUUCUCAGCUACCAGGAUUUGACAGAGAUUGGGGAGUUGUUUGAACAAUGGCUACUGGAGAUCAGGCAUCGGGGCGCCUUUGGAGCCAUCCAUGCAUCCUAUAGUGCAUUAUGUGAUGCGCUGUGCGCCUUGCCAAUGGAAUCGACAUCCUCCCAACUUCCGGUUCUAUGGCUCCAGGCACACAUUUCUGCCAUUACCAGUCGAAAGAUUUCUACGACCCGUCGAAGUGCGGGGAUGCCGUACUGCAUCUUAUCAGCAUGUCAAGCCCUGUCACGGUCGAGUCCGAAUCAGUUGAGGGAGUCUUUGAGUGCGAUCUUGAGUCUGGCCGAAGACCAGGAGAUCUCCUCUGAAGUCCAAGUACACAUUCUUAAUACGCUCAAAAUCUUGCUCACCGACGGCAAGGUCUCGGCUCAAUUCACCUCUGUCUUGAUCGAAAGGAGCUACAAUCUGGCCAUCAAGACCUUCAUCUCGCCCGAUUGGAGGGUCCGCAAUGGCGCCCUUAUCUUGUUUUCUGGCUUGACUAAUCGCGUCUUUGGAACACGAUCCCUCACGUUGGAUCGCUCUUACAGUAAUCUAUGCAAAAGGGAAAGCUUAUCAGAUUUCUCUAGAAGAUUGCCCACGAUGCCUUCGAUCUUGUUGCAAGAAUUAAGACGAUCUAUGGAGGCCGGGAUUCAUCUGGUAUCCACGAGCCACUCGCAUGGCCCCAUGUUUGCCGUCUUGACUCUCUUGGCCCUCCUUCAAAAUCCGGAUGAUGCUCCGACUGCCAACGAGUUCAUUCCGCUUGUUCGAGCUUGUCUACUCAGUAAGGUUUCUAAGGUUAGGUCUGUUGGCGCUGAUGCGAUGACAGGUCUCAUCCCUUGCUCUCAAGUCCCUGGUCUGAUAUGUGAUCUUCUCGAUCAAGCUGUCAAAUCACACUGUCAUAAUGAAGUGCAUGGACUUCUACUUCUUAUCAACCGAUUGAUUCAACUACCAAGCGCAUUAUUGCGGGAUCAAAAGUCAAACAUUGAAGUAGCUCUUGUUAGAUCAGUGCCCAAAUUUCUUGAUUCCAUGACGAUUCCCUUGGUCUCCCAAUCCACGUUUUUGGAAAUUUUGGAAAGCCUAGAGAGUAGAUUUAUGAUCAAAGUAGAUGAUCACGAUUGUCUUUUUUCUCCGGACAUGAUGACAGCUAAGAUUCAAGAGCUGCGGCGUAUCAGGGCGCCUGCGCUUAGCUCCUACGAGACUCAGGCAACACGGAACCUCCUGGGAAGAAACCAAGAACGAGAGACGGUGUUGAAGCUAUUGGAGGAGGGAUCCACCUCGACACGUGUGACGGUUUUCCGGUUCCUGGAAAAAGAGGAGAACCGGGAGACCUUGAAUGAUUCCGAGAUCAUCGACGCCAUCUUUCGCAUUGGCCGUCAAUCCACUCAUCCGAUCUCCGUUCGAUUACCCGCAUUGAAGCUUCUUACGACGAUCGGAUCGGACUUGAAAACGACUGUUUGGCCCGUUGAAGAGCUGUUCAAUGAGUGUAACUCAACCCUCGCUAUUCCCAUGCGUGAUGCUCUUCUCGUGCUUUCCGCCUGUUUCUUCGUCAAUUCGCUCGUCGAUCGGAACUCUAAAAUCGAUAGCUCUUUUGUUCGUGCUUGGGAAGAUAAGAUUCUGGAUAAAAUUCAGCGCGCUGCCCAUGAAGAUCAGAGUACAGAGACCAGGUUAUCCGCAGUUCAAGGAUUAUCAGAAUUCAUGAAAGUUUUUAAACGUGAUGGAGUUUUGUCGACGAGGAUCAAAUUACGAAUUCUUGAAUUAUUGAUCAGUUUGAUCCAAGAUGAUGAUGAUGAGAUCCGAUCAUCAUUGAUCAAGAGCUUGGAUCAAACCAAGUUUUUUUCUAGCCUAGUAGACUCCCAACCUAAUCAUGAAGAUCAACACUGCUUUCAGCUCGAAUUGGUGCCCAAUCUUAUCUUGGAGAAGUUGUGGCAUCUUGCGAUUGGUCUAAACGCCUUCUUUGGGUUCAAAACGCUGUUAAACAGAGACAAUUUCCAAGCGGAUCUGGAUCAAUUGCUUCAACCGCCGGAUGAUCUGUUCAUCACUGAAAGAUUGAAUCUGUAUAAGGAUGAUUUGAUGGAAUUCGAGCUGAUUCAAACAAUCACCUCCAAAAGGUUAAUUCAGUUGGACAAACUCGAUGAUGAUGAUCAGCAGCAGCCAAACGAGCGACUUGGAACACAGCUGAAUCGCAAGAAAAUCGAUGCGGAUUUUCUGGAUCUCGUCGACCUGAAUCCAGAAAUCAGAACGUUCAAAUACUUGCUGUCAUUCUUGGUUCCCAAGUCGAUUAAGACUUUGAAAGGCUUUGAAAUCUUUGGAGACGAUUUAUUCAUCAAUCAUCUCAAUCGAAAACCAGGACCCAAUGCUGAUGAUCAUGAUGAUCAUUUUAAUGUCAUUUCAUUUAAAGCUUGGUUCAGUAUCCUCCUCAGAUUGUUUAAUUCGAUCACCAUCUUUAAACGAUUCCCGUCCAACAUUCAAUCCCGUAUCCUGGCUUCAAUCUCUGAUCUUCCCCCUUCAUUUCCGAUUCCUCGUGAUCAUCUUCCUCAUCAGGAUCCUGCGCUUGACGCUCUGGCUCUGGAAAUCGAUCAUCAAUUUACCUUGAUUCAGAAUUUCUUAACUUCGUUUUAUUAGCUUGAUUUUUGUUUCUUGUGGUCUUCCUUCUCUCCUCCCACCCCCCCCCCCCUUUUUUUUUUUUUCUCGGGCCUGUCUUCAAUUCAUUCUCUUCUCAUGGUAUUGUCAAAUCUUCUCUUGGCUUGUUUGUUGAUUGAUUUGUGUUCAACAAAACUUCUUCUUCUUCUUCAGCUUAAUUGAUUCUCAUUUUGUUGUUUCCAUCCAUUCCUCUGUUCUUAAAAUAGGGAAAAACAAGAAAAUUGAACUCGUGUGGGCUGUAUGUGUAACUUCGGCGGAAGGAGGAGACUGGAGGAGAAG